AUGACAGACGCCACUACUCGCGGCACCGACGCGGUGGAGGCGCCACCGCCGGCGGCCCGUCUCCCAAAACGCCGAGCAAUGGCGUCCCUGCGGCUCCUCUGCGCCCUGCUCUGCCUCCUCCGCCACCUCGCGGCCAGCCACGCCGCCGCCAGGGACACCGUCACGCCGGGCAGCCCGCUGACGGCCAAGGAGACGCUGGUCUCGGGCGGCGACGGCAACUUCGCGAUGGGCUUCUUCACGCCGCCGGGCGCCAACAGCACCUACCUCGGCGUCUGGUACAACAAGGUGUCGCUCCGCACCGUGGUGUGGGUCGCCAACCGCGAGGCCCCGAUCGCGGGCGCCGUCGAGGACAACCCCGGCGCCACGCUCUCCGUCUCCGCCGGCGGCACGCUCGCCAUCGCCGCGGGGAACGGGACCGUGGUGUGGUCGGUCCAGCCGGCGGCGAGGCUGGCGAACCCGGCGGCGCAGAUCCUCGACAACGGCAACCUGGUGCUCGCGGACGGCGUCGGCGGCGCCGUGGCGUGGGAGGGGUUCGACUACCCGACGGACACGAUGCUCCCGGAGAUGAAGAUCGGGAUCGACUACGUGAAGCGGAAGAACCGGACCCUGACGUCGUGGAAGAGCCCCUCGGACCCUUCCCCGGGCCCCGUCGCCAUGGUCAUGGACACCAACGGCGACCCCCAGGUGUUCAUCUGGAACGGCGGCGAGAAAGUGUGGCGCUCCGGCCCCUGGGACGGCGUCCAGUUCACCGGCGUGCCGGACACCGCCACCUACUCCGGCUUCACCUUCAGCUUCAUCAACAACGCGCAGGAGGUCACGUACAGCUUCCAGGUGCACAACGCGUCGAUCAUCUCGCAUCUGGGCGUGGUGAGCACGGGCAACUACGGGCUGCUGCAGCGGUCGACGUGGGUGGAGUCGGCGGGGACGUGGAACCUCUACUGGUACGCGCCCAAGGACCAGUGCGACGCGGUGUCGCCGUGCGGGCCCAACGGCGUGUGCGACACCAACAACCUCCCCGUCUGCUCCUGCCUCCGGGGCUUCACCCCCAAGACCCCCGCGGCGUGGGCGCUGCGCGACGGCCGGGACGGGUGCGUGCGCUCGACGCCGCUAGACUGCCGCAACGGCACCGACGGGUUCGCCAAGGUGCGCCACGCCAAGGUGCCCGACACGGAGCGGAGCGUGGUGGACAUGUCCCUGACGCUGGACCAGUGCCGGGCGGCGUGCCUCCGGAACUGCUCCUGCACGGCGUACGCCAGCGCCAACGUGAGCGCCGGCGGCCGCGGCAUCGGCGACGGCACGGGAUGCGUCAUGUGGACCACGGGGCUCACCGACCUGCGCGUGUACCCGGACUUCGGCCAGGACCUCUACGUCCGGCUCGCCGCCGCCGAUCUCGAAUUAGCAAGCAAAUCAAGGAGGGCACCUAUCAUAAUCGCGGUUGGCGCCAGCGUCUCGGCACUGGUGCUUCUUCUGGCAGUUGCUGGUCUCCUCAUCUGGUCGAGAAGGAAAAGGCUUCGAAGAACAGCUGGAUCAAGCAAAUGGAGUGGUUCACGCAGCACUGGCCGUCGCUACGAGGGAAGCAGUCACGACAAUGACCUGGAACUGCCAAUAUUUGAUCUGGGCACAAUUGCAGCUGCUACUGACGGUUUCUCGAUCAACAACAAGCUCGGUGAGGGUGGCUUUGGACCAGUAUACAAGGGUAAACUCGAGGAUGGAAUGGAAAUCGCAGUGAAAACACUUUCAAAAACAUCGGCACAAGGACUUGAUGAGUUCAAGAACGAGGUUCUGUUGAUAGCCAAACUCCAGCACCGGAAUCUUGUUCGGCUUCUUGGAUGUAGCAUUAGUGGGCAAGAAAGGAUGCUUGUUUAUGAGUAUAUGGCAAACAAGAGCCUGGACUAUUUCCUAUUUGAAAAGGCCAAUGUUGUACUUGAUUGGCAAGUGCGGUAUCAUAUAAUAGAAGGCAUCACUCGAGGUUUACUGUAUCUCCACCAGGACUCGAGAUACAGAAUCAUCCACAGAGAUCUGAAGGCAGCUAAUGUGCUUCUAGACAAGGAGAUGACUCCAAAAAUUUCGGACUUCGGCAUGGCAAGAAUAUUUGGCAAUGAAGAGACAGAAAUCAAUACUCGAAAGGUGGUUGGAACAUAUGGUUAUAUGUCUCCGGAGUAUGCAAUGGAUGGAAUCUUCUCAGUCAAAUCAGAUGUAUUCAGUUAUGGAGUAUUAUUGCUGGAAAUUGUUAGUGGCAGGAGAAACAGAGGAGUAUAUUCAUAUUCGAACAACCAAAGCCUUCUAGGCCAUGCAUGGAGCUUAUGGAACGAGGAGAAAAGCAUAGAGUUAGCAGAUGAAAGAAUGGGCGGAUCGUUCAACUCAGAUGAAGUGCUCAAGUGCAUCAGAGUUGGACUCCUGUGUGUGCAAGAGAACCCAGAUGACCGUCCACUGAUGUCUCAGGUGCUUCUGAUGUUAGCUACUCCUGAUGCUGCCUCAUUGCCAACACCUAAGCAGCCUGGCUUUGCAGCUAGGAGAGUUCUUAUGGAAACAGACACAUCAUCAACCAAGCCAGACUGCAGCAUAUUUGACAGUGCAACAAUUACCAUGCUUGAAGGUCGAUAGUAGUUAAGACUUGACAAAUAUCAUGAUAAUUAAACUACUAGGUUCCUCUUCAAAAAAAAAAAAUUAAACUACUAGGUGAAUAAGUAAUGUUGGUGUUUUCUUCAGUACUGUAGUAUUGUGUGACUGAGCAACAGAAAAUUGUAUAAUUAUUAAAUAAGUAGCAGCAACUAGAAUUAUGGUUGCUUUCAU